UCGCCAUAGUUGUGCGAGCUGGCAAACGCGCCGGUCACCCGUCGAAAGCGAUCCAUUGUCGUUUCAGUCCGUUGAGAAACGUUGUGCAUGUAAACGUGUCCGAAUAUGUACUGUUUUAAGUUCAUUCUGUUGGUCGGCGUCGCCGUAUGUUGCGUGCAAGGUGAAAACGACUUUCCGCCACAACCUCCAACACCGUCUCCAGAACCAAACAUAACCACAACGAAACCGACUACUCCAACUACCAAGACGACGACGACGGUUUCUACUACAACUACUACGACUACUACUAGCACUACCACUACCAAGACGCCGCCGACAACAACAACAACAAAACCGACGACGACUACAACCCAGCCAACAACCACCGCUAAACCGACGACUACAGCGCCACCGCAGCCGCCGCAACCCGCACCCGGAACAUGGUCCGCUAACAUCACCAACACAAACAGAACUUGUGUGGUCGUCCAACUGGCGUUGCUGAUUGAAAUCCCGACCAAAGACAACAAAACCAUUAAAAUACCGUUGCCGACGUCCGCCAACGCAUCGGGCGAUUGUUCCGGCAAGGACAAAGAGAGCUUGUUGCUGACUUGGGGCGAGGGCAACAAAAUCGAGUUUGACUUCAACAGAACGGACAAGACCCGUUUCCAGCUUGAGGAAUUGAUGGUUGAUGUCAACCUAACGUUGCCCGGACAGAAUGCUACCGUAUACAAAUACAAACACAACAAGACCGAAUUCGGCGCCCCCAUCGACAAUUCGUACAAGUGCAGCAAGCAGCAAACACUGCAGCUGAUCCGACUCGACGACAAGAACGCCACGGCCUCAUUGAUCGUCAGCAACGUGCAACUGCAGGCCUUCCGCAACGCCACCGGCCAACAUUUCGACUCUCCUCUGGACUGCGAAAGUGCCCACAAAACGGACGUGGUGCCCAUCGUAGUGGGCUGCGUGCUUGCCGGAUUGGUGGUGCUGUUCCUCGUCGGUUACUUGGUGGGCAGGAGGCGUUGCCAAGCUCGCGGUUAUCUGUCAAUGUGAGUGGUGUAACUCUCUCCAGUCCGGUGGCUCACGGUUUGGUGGGGUCGACUUAUUGAUACUUGAAAAAUUGUUUGAAAUUUAUAAAUUUAACUUAUCCAUGAACAAGUAAAUACCCAUAACCCGUUCUUGGUGCAGUAAUUGUUGUAAUUAAUAAUAAUUCGUUUUUGUUCAAUAGAGGAACUAUUAUUUUGGGAACUACCUUUUUUGUGAUGUUUUGUAUGGUUUGCGCAUUGUUUAUUAGAACAAUUAUUGUGUAAUUUAGUUAUUAUAACCUUCUCAUAACCCCUAGAUCUAGUUUUCUAAAAAACUAUAGCCUUAAUAUACCUAUUAUAAAUACUAUACAUAUAAUAACAAUUAAUACUAA